CUCGCGUGCGCGCGUCGAACGGUUUCUGGCUCUAUUUGGGUGAAAAGUGUGGAAAAGUGUCUGACGGUAAACGGUAAACGGGGAAAGCGCUGCGCGGUUUUUGCUGCUCCCGAGUUUUUUCUGGAUGUAAAUGCAGCAACAACAAUCGUUGAGACAGGACCUUAGGUAUUGCUAUGUCAAAAAUGUAAUAUACAACCGAAAAUUAAGUGAGCGCCAAAGUAUGCAAAUAAAUGAAUAAGCCGAAAUCAUUAACAAAUUAAAACGAGACACGCAAAGAGGGCAGGAAAAUAUCGAAAGGAGUCAAGUGUUUUUUGGAGGAGCUGUUUGCUGGCAUGCUUUGAGGUUAAUACCACCCACUACCACCACCGCUACCACCACCACCCGUCGCCUCCUUCUCCUCGUCUCCCUUUUGGCCAAUUUCUCCGUCUGCUUUCGCCGCUUUCUUCGUCACCGCCGCUGCCGUCACCGUCAAAAGGCAUCGAAGCAUUGGUAGCCUCAUUAGCGACUUAGCGGAAUAGCAUAAAGGAAACCGUAACCGAAAACCCACAAAAAACAGGGAUACGCUAAAAGGGAUUCAGAGCAGCCGUUGCUGAAAAGGUGAAGAGCUCGUAAAAAAAGGACAAAGAAAUUGUACACUCACAGCGAAUUUUCGGCAUAAUGAGUUCGUUCUCCCGCCUCUAAGAACCAAGCACCUCAAAUGCAAAUUGAUAUUAAGCCGCCAAUCAUAAUCAGCAGCGAAAUUAAUUAAAGACCGCGACCAGUCAACAAUAAGUAACCAGCGACCAUGGCAUCACCACCGGAGAGUCCCAUCGAGGAGGUGGUCUAUGAGUUGGAACACACACGAGUGCCUAAGCCCAUUCCGGUUGCCCUCGAGGAUCUGUGCCGGCAGACCAAGUUCACCAAACAGGAGAUUCGAGUCAUGUACAGAGGAUUCAAAACGGAAUGCCCAGAGGGCGUGGUGCAUGAGGAUUGUUUUAAGGAUAUUUACGCCAAAUUCUUUCCACAUGGCAAUUCGAGUUUAUACGCUCAUUAUGUGUUCAAAGCGUUCGAUGUUAAUUGCAAUGGCGCCAUUAGUUUUCGGGAUUUACUGGUCACCUUGUCGACUUUGCUGAGGGGGUCGGUCUACGAGCGACUGCGCUGGACCUUCAAAUUGUACGACUUGAACGGCGACGGAAGGAUCAGUCGCGGCGAACUCAGCGAAAUCAUUUUGGCCAUUCACGAGCUUAUGGGUCGGAGACCGCACCAACCUGAGGACGAUCGCAAGGCGAGGGAUCAGGUGGAUCGUGUGUUCCGCAAACUCGACUUGAACCAGGAUGGCAUUAUUACGAUAGAGGAGUUUUUGGAGGCCUGCCUGAAGGACGAUUUGGUAACGCGUUCGCUGCAAAUGUUCGACAACGACCUUUGAUGACAAGAGGGCGAGCUAGGGCCAGAGCUACGCAAUUCCAGGACUAUAAUAUCCCUUAUAGAUCUUUAAAUGCAAUAAGCAACGCUUAGAAAUUGUCAACCAAAAAAGAACAAAAAAUGUUACAAAAAAAAAAACAAUGGUAAAUCCAAACAAGCAUAACAAAACACCAGUGAAGUUGAUGGAAAUCGAGGAAAUGAAACAUAUUAGUAAUUAAAACUAGAUUAGGGAAAAUAUCGAAGAAGGAAAUCUUUAAACUUUAUGGGUGUGUUAUUAUAUAACUAACGAUGAGGUCGACGAAGAUUGAUUAUAAAGAAUAUGUAAUUUUUUGAGCAUAUUAUGAAUUUAAUCCUGCCGUGAAAAGCGAAUUGGUCUUAUAUGUAUUUACUAUAUAAAUAUGUAUAUGUAUGAUAUACGUGUAAAUGGAAAUAAUUUCGUGAACAAAACUAAACAAAACCACCAAACCAAAUGUUUAAUUCAGGAAUGGAAUUGGUAUACCGACAACAAGAGUAAAGUGCUCUCUACACGAUUUACUUUACUAAAAUAUGCAUAAAAAAUAAUAGAAUACUAUAAUUAAAAUUUACACUUAGCUAACAGAUAAAAUAUCGACCAAAAUAAGUUGUCCUUGCUUUUUUUUACCAGUAUUCCGAUCUUGUUUUCGCCUGAGCUAAAUUUAAAAAUUAACCCGUUUAAGCCUUUUUUCACUGUCAAUUAAAGCAUUGAACUUAAAGCGAUAAAUUAAAUUAAUUCAGACUGUGGAAUAUUCUAUUAAAACCCAUUUUCAAUUUGCAUAAAUUUUAAAUGUGCGUUUUCAUAUUUGCAUCAACUAAUUGAAUUUAAAAGGCGUUUCAAUAAAUCUGCCUCUUUGCAUUAUUGGUUUAAACAGGCAAAAAAUAGAUACCUACUAUAUAAACAGAUGAAUAAAACAUGCCUGGGUGUUGUGUGCCCAAACAACCACCGAUAUAUAAAAAUAGCACUUGACAAUUAAGGUUGAUUUAAUAUUUAUACAAGGCCUUGUUGAUUUUAUAAUGUUAACUGCAAUUCAUAACAUGACUCUUCAAUUAAAUUACAUUUUCAUUGAAUUUCACCGGUUAGGAUAUAAGGUUUGUUCGAUUUUUCGUAAUGCCCACAAUAUGCUAUAGUGGGGUGGCUUUAGGAAUCGACAAAGGUUGUGCUGCGAAAAGAAAACGUAGCAUAAUAAGCGAAGGAGACCGUUUUUAUAAAAACUCAUACAAAAACAUUGAAUGCUUAAUUGUGCAUGGACAAGACAAGACAAUCAAUGUGGUUUGAUAUUUCCUAUUUCCCUUUUUAGUUGUAAACAUUGUUCUUCCAUUGUUGCAUCAAACAAAAAACAUAUUUUCAGAAUGGGAGAAGCUUUUAAGGGAGAGCACAUAAAAAAACGGGAGAAAGUGACGUCAGGAAAAACCUUUUAGUUUAAUUAUUCAACUGCUAGGUUGAAUGGGCUAACUAAGCAUUCGAAAAAGAUAUUUAAAUGUUACACUGAGAAGCACUUUAUGGUUCUUUCUCGGUUUAAUUUGAAUUGAAUCGGAGCUUCAGCAAGCUUACCAAUAACACAUUUCACGUUUCUUUUACCAGGCUUUACAAACCAAAUUAACUAUCAGUAGGAAAAAUACACCCAUCUAACGGCAAAGCCAUUCUAUGCGAUUCCAUCAUCAAAUAUUCUAAGCAUUAGUAAAUGUGUUGAUAAAGAAUAAUUUUGGCUAAACAAAAACCUAUGCGACCUACUUGGUAAACCACCCACAAUUUCUAACUUUUAAGAAACGAUCUAUGCAAUAUGAACGUACACUGUCAAAAACAGAAAUGGCAAACUUAUUGAUAUUAACCUAUCAUUCGAAUUGAGGAAAACUAAGUGUCUAACUAGUCAACAUAAUAAAUAAAGAAAUUGAAACGCUUAUACCUAAUGUUAAAACUAAAAUAAAUUCUUAAUAAAUUUAAUUUACCAACCGAAUUAAAAAACAAAUGUAACUUAAUCGGUUUUAGCUGCUAAAUGUCCUGGAAGAUUACGAUUCCACUAUGCUAUGCCGAAGUCAACGUUUUAAUUGUUAUUAGCUGGAUGGAAUGGAAAUCGAAAUCUAAACCGGUUUCCGAUACCUGACCUUAAUAUGUGUAAUUAAAACGUAGUUACUAAUUUUUAGCAAUACUUUUACAACUAAGUUUAAUUUGUAUUAGUUGAAAAUAAAUUUAAUCCAGAUGUACCUAUAGUAAAUGUAAAUUACGAUAAUAAUUUUUCAGCCAAUGCGAUUCGUAAUAAGUCCAUGAUGUAACAUCUCCAACCACAUGCUGGAAUCUAAAUCUUUAAGUUAACUACAUAAAUAAUUUAUGCUGUCCCUACGAAUAACAAUACAUGAAAAAGAAACUUACAAGAGAAAACGUGGUUAGUGAUUUGGAUUGUUUAUAAGUACAUGAUAGGAAAACCCUCUAAGCGUUUAACUUAAUAACACAACUGUAAUCACACAACUUAAAAAUAUUAAUAAAGCCAUCUACGUGUAAAUUUAAUUGUCUAAAAAUCCUGAUAAUUCUUUUUAAAACUCAUUAUUCAUACGGAUAUUUGUUAUCAUCUUUCUAAACAUAAUUGUUAAACUUUGCUUAAACAUAAAAAGAAAAGUAUUUACAAAAACAAAUUAUUAAGUCCUUAGUUUAAAAUUAAAAUGUUCAGUUUUACAAACUCCUUGUUCAAAUUACGUUGUACUUUAGUUUAUAGUCUGAUAAAUAAAAAAUACA